AGCAUGAAGCGAACCCUAGUUCUUGCUCUCUCCUUCUUUGCUUUCUUCACCAAUCUUCCCUUAGGUUUCUCAGAUGAUGCUGAGCAAGUUGUGGACAAAGAUGGCGACCCCCUUGAACCAUCUCGCCAAUACUACAUCUUUCCAUCAUUCUUUGGCCCAGCAGGUGGUGGUGUGAAAUAUGCCAGAACUGCGAAUUCAGAGUGCCCUCUUACUGUCUUUCAAGAAUACUCACAAUUCUAUCGUGGCAACCCGGUCAAAUUCACCGUAGCUGGAGACACCGACACCUCUGAUAUAUUCACAGGUACGGAAGUGGAAAUCGAGUUCGUAGAUAAGCCAAGGUGUGCGGAAUCAUCCAAGUGGUUGGUGUUUUUGGACGUAACAAUAAACAAGGCAUGUGUGGGAAUUGGUGGUGCCGAAGACCAUCCAGGGCAAGAAAUUUUUGAUGGGAAAUUUCACAUUAAGAAAUAUGGAAUUGGGUACAAGCUUGUGUUUUGCAGGACUGAGUCAGCACAAGCUUGUUUGAAUAUUGAGAGGUUUGAUGCUUAUAACGGUGAGGAGGGUAGACGCUUGACUCUGACUGAGGAAGAAUAUGGUGCCUCCGAUAUUGUGUUCAUACGGGCAUAUGAUGAUGAUGAUGAUAAGGUUAUUAAGUCCGUUGUUUGA